AUGUUGAUAAAAAUAAGGCAAAGAGAGAAGCCAUCUUUGACAAACGAAAAAGAUACAAGGAAGUCAAUCAAAGGUGUAUUUAAAAACAGUAACGAAGCUAAUGGAGACAUCGAGGAUGAUGAAGGUGCUAAUAAAGAAGAAGGAAAGAUGAGAAAAGCCAAAGGACUGAAGACGUGUACUGGAACUCUUAAAGAUGUUUGUAAUGCCUGGAUACGAAAGAAGAAAGAAUCAGAAGAGCCAAAAGCAAUUGGCAGUAGAGAGGUAAACGAGUCGAACCUACCUGCUGAAGUUAAGGCAUCUACUACGUAUCAAAAGUCAUCGAAGUUCAAUAGCCCUGAAGAUUCUGAAUCUAUUGAUUAUCGACUUGCCGAUAAUAAUCUUAUGUGCUCAUCAGCAUAUAUUGACCAUGAAAUAGAACUUACCAAAGCAACGAUGGGUAUUGAAACUAGAAGUCGAAAAGAAACUUCUUAUUGGAAGAAUGAAUCUAAAGAACCACAUGCUGACCCAAAUAAAUCAAUAGAAAUUGAGCCAGAAAAUUCAAAAAAAUUCGAAUGGCAUUUGAAAAAUGCUGAAGGCAAAUUGAAAAGACAGAUUAACUUUGACUACAAUCAAACAAAAUACUAA